AGCCCGGGAGCAGGCAAACGGAAGCACUGCUUCUGACAGGGUGCAGAGCAAAUUCGCCAGGUCAGGUCGGCCGCAGACUGAGGUAGCUGGGCUGGACUUUGACCUCAUGAAUCAGCUCCAUGGAGGCUUGGUAGUUGCAGAGGUAACUAAUUUGCUGUAGAUCUGAGGGCCAGGUAAGUCUUGGUAGAUGUGGCACCUGGACUUUGACAGUCUCCAGGAAGAGAGGAGGCAUUUGUGGACCAGGUCCCUGGAGCAGCGCUGAAGGAAGUUAGGACGCCGUCAGAGCAGGAAGAUAAAAUAACUAUACAACUGACUUAAAACCCAAGAGAAAUUCGGAGGGUCAGGGAUGGAAUUUUGGGUUCCCCAGAGGCCGCCUCAGCCACGGGGUAGGCCCACAGCACCGUCACAUGAUCCAGACCCAGGGCUGUGGAGAGAUGGACGUCAUUGGCCUGUUCCUCACUCUCAGCACAAUGGAGAGAGGUUCCAUCAAUGGCAAGAUGUUCGCAGGAGCCCCCAGCCACAGCAGGAGCCCAGGGAAGACCAUCAGCAUCCCCACUAUGCAUUUAGACCUGGGAAAUGGCACCAGCCCAUGUCCGGGGUUGACUAUUACGAAGGUGGUUAUCGCAGUCAGUUGUAUUCAAGGCCAGGUUAUGAGGAUCAAUACCAGAGCUAUCACUCUCCAACACUAAGGGAAGAAUAUGCUUAUGGAAGUUAUUACUAUCAUGGACACCCACAGAGGCUACAGGAAGAAAGAGUGCCAAGGCAAGGGAGUCCUUAUGUCUGGUAUGAAGAGCACCAAGAUCAAAAGUACCUCCGUGAACAUCAUCAUGAAAACCAGAAUAGUCAGUUUGGAACAAAAUAUGAGAUCCAGUUCCAAUCUAAUAGUCGGAGCCCUUAUAAAGACAGCCCUGCUUCUGACUCUGGACAGGAGCUGCCUAGGGAGAUGUUUCCAGAGAGUCUGCUUACUGGAGCCCAGAAUAAUAAGCAAUCACUGACCAGUGAGUCCAACCUUCUCCAGCAGCACGAGUCUGGCCUCAGCUCCAGCAGCUAUGAGCUCAGUCAGUACAUGGCAGAUGCUGGGCAGUGUGAUACCAUAGCUUCAGCAGCUUGGAGUCCAGUUCAGGCCGAGGAUAUCUCCACAGCUGGUCCCAAAACACCCAUGAAGUUCUAUAUCCCCCAUGUACCUGUGAGUUUCGGGCCUGGAGGUCAGCUGGUGUGUGUGGCUCCCAGCUCUUCUAUUGAUGAGCAAACAGCCCUUGUUGAACUGCACAGCAUGGAGAUUAUUCUUUAUGAUUCUGAAGAACAAGAGGAGAUGAGAAGUUUUCCAGGACCCCUGAUCAGGGAAGAUGUACACAAGGUGGAUCUCAUGAUGUUUUGUCAGCAGAAAGCAGUUCAGAGCCGCAAAUCUGAGGUACCAGGGAGCAGAGACUCGGCUCUACUGUGGCAACUAUUGGUUCUCCUUUGUCGCCAGAAUGGGUCCAUGGCGGGCUCGGACAUCGCUGAGCUGCUGAUGCAGGACUGUGGGAAGCUGGAGAAGUACAAGAGGCAGCCCCCUGUGGCCAACCUCAUUAAUUUGACUGAUGAGGACUGGCCGGUCCUGAGCUCUGGGACUCGGAACCUGCUCACCGGGGAGAUCCCCCCCAGCGUGGAGACGCCUGCGCAGAUUGUAGAGAAAUUCACUAAACUACUCUACCAUGGAAGGAAGAAGGAAGCCUUGGAGUGGGCCAUGAAGAACCACCUGUGGGGUCAUGCUUUGUUCCUAUCCAGCAAGAUGGACCCAAGGACCUACAGCUGGGUCAUGAGUGGCUUCACCAGCACACUGGCACUCAACGACCCCCUGCUGACCCUCUUCCAGCUCAUGUCCGGGAGGAUUCCACAAGCAGCCACGUGCUGUGGGGACAAGCAGUGGGGAGAUUGGAGGCCUCACUUGGCUGUGAUUCUGUCGAAUCCGGCUGGGGAUGCAGAACUGUACCAGCGUGCGAUUGUCACCAUGGGAGACACCCUGGCUGGGAGAGGGCUCGUGCAGGCAGCUCACUUCUGCUACCUCAUGGCUCACCUGCCCUUCAGCUACUACUCUGUGAAGACAGACCAUCUGGCCUUGCUGGGCAGCAGCCACAAUCAAGAGUUUUUGAAAUUUGCAACAACUGAGGCUAUCCAGAGGACGGAAAUCUUCGAGUACUGUCAGAUGCUGGGCCGCCCCAAAUCCUUCAUUCCUUCUUUCCAGGUGUAUAAGCUCCUUUAUGCUUCCCGUCUGGCAGAUUACGGCCUCGUGUCCCAGGCCUUGCAUUACUGCGAAGCCAUUGGCGUGGCUGUCUUGGGCCAGGGAGAGAGCAGUCACCCUGUGCUAUUAGUGGAACUCAUCAAGUUAGCAGAGAAACUGAAGCUGUCAGAUCCUCUGGUUUUAGAAAGGCGUCGUGGAGACAGAGACGGGGAGCCAGACUGGCUCGUGCAACUUCGGAAGCUGCAUGAGGGGCUGCGGCAAAAACCAUCAGGAGACAUUGCGGAUCCUCAUUCUGCUCAUUCAGAUUUUUCAAGAGCUGGAGGAACCACAACAGGAAAUACUUUCUACCAGGAUCUUUCUGGACCUCGGGACUACUCAGAAGGCCUUGGGCAGCACUCAGCCCUGUGGCCAACCCCUGAGCACAACUGCCCAACCCAGCCUGGACCACAACAGCCCUUUCUCCUCCAGCCGGGCACCUAUCCAGCAGAAGCGGGUGCAGGGCAGAUGCAGACCGGGACACCGGUGCCUCUUUACUCAGUUCCCGAGACCCACCUACCAGGGACUGGUGGUGGCGUGGCAGUGACAGGGGCUCCUGGAGGAACGGUCUGGGAGGAAAUGCUGCAGACACACCCAGCCCCUGGAGAGAACACAGUGUCUCAAGAAACCUUCCAGGAUCCUGAGGGUCAAAAGGUCAUUUCCAAACCCCAGGCACCACUGGCUUCCAGAGCACGAGCAAUUUCUGAGAGUUCCACCAUUUCAGUCAAGGAGGAUGAGGAGGAGUCCUCCGAUGAAGCUGAUAAAAACCUUUCCCAAAAUGUUGCACAGAGAGAAAAGCCAGGAGAUGGGAAGGAGAACACGAAGAGCUCAGGCUUUGGCUGGUUCAGCUGGUUUCGAUCAAAGCCCACCAACAAUGUGUCCACCUCUGGAGAUGAAGACUCAUCCGACAGUCCCGACUCCGAGGAGAACCCCAGAGCAUCUUCUCCCCGCCAGGCUAGCCUGGGCCUCUCGUGGACACCUGCACACGAGUCCCCCUCACUGCCAGGUGCUGGCGCCUUUCAUGGGGGCACAGGUGGGGCUGAAGGUGAGGAAUCUGCCACUGGGGGAGCAGCUGCAGGCAUUGAGGUGGGAGGUUCAUCGCAGCCUGAGGAUGUUUCCUCUGACCUCUACUCCAGCCCUGGUGUUCUGCUUCCUCCACCUUCCUUGAAGGGGGCUGUUCCUCUUUACAACCCAUCUCAGGUCGCUCAGAUGCCCAUGGCCACUAGCCAGAAUCGGCCAAAUCGCCGCUCAGCACCGCUAUCCAACCCAGCCAUGCUGAUAAUGACCACAUGUCCCAGGCUCAUGUUCCAGGCGUGCAACUUUUAUGUCACUCUGCUUUUCUCACUCUUCCAGCCCCUCCGCCAUAUUUGUGCUCUGAAGAGGUUUGCACUAGCCUCUUGCCUCUACUGGGCACUCAGAAGGCAAGGAGAUAGGGUCUCUCAAGACACAACAGAAGAAUGAUGGGGAUUAUUUCAUCAGAUGAAAAAAUCUGGACCUAAUAGCAGAGUGGAAUUGAGCAGAGUGACAUGGUGGCAGCACUUACAGUGGUCACAUGAGAUCCUUAGAGAAGUGAGGGGCCCUAACAGUCCCACAGCUGGACUCAACAAUGAUCCCCCUGAUCUCUGUAGCAGGAAAUUGGUGUCGGGGGGGAGUCAGGGCUCAGAAAAAUAUUCCAGACCAACUGUCAACACCUCCCUGGCUUAAUUAUAGACCCCACAUGGCUCUAUUUAGCAAAGUUUUUAUACUGAAAUUUGAUGGUCGCUGCCCUUCAAAAUGACAUUUCAGCAGUGUUCCUCUUGGUCCCAGUUUUGUGCACAUUUUAUGUGUGGUUCAGAUUAAUUAUAUUUCUCUCACUUUCUUAGCUGGUCCUAUUUUUUCACAUUCUGGCAUGUGGCUAUCAAGUUAGAUUGCUGUAGGCAUCAUAUUGUCAUGGUAACUACUGAACCUAAUGAUGCAGAUGGAAGGAACAUCAGUAUAAUAAAUGAUGGAGAACAUUUCCUAAAAAUUCAUCCCUGCCAUAGGAGGGGAGGGAUGAGUGCCUGAUAUUGUUAAUACCUCCCUUCCUACCUCAGGCUUUUGCAAAUUGAUGUUCAGAGGGUCACUGGACCCAGAGGGAGCGGGGUGCAUCUUGGAAAUUUCCAUUUCUCUUUUCAAAUCCAAAAUAGGAAUGCUGUUUAUAAGAUCUGCUGAAAAUUGCUCCUCAUGCAGAACAUUUUUUGUAUGUGUAACUGUACAUACAGGUUUAGUACUUUAAUGCUUUGCUGUUCUGAUGUUGAUAGUGAUUAAACCCAGAUAAUUUUAUAGCAAA